AAACAUCCCAAUGAGCGUUGUAAUCUACCUGAUUCGAAGUGAACUAAACAGUUAGAAAACUCAUGUUUCUUCAUCGUCCUUAUGAUAUAUCAUUAACCCUUACUUUUCGUGGCGCUCGAAUUUUUACUUUUGAUGAGCGCUGCAUUGACGUCCUAAUUUUUUUAAAACUAAAAUUUCUGUUUAUCUAAUUUGAAGGAAGGAGCGAAACACAAUACAACUCCUGAGCACAGUGGGUAGUGUUAAAAUGUUGGUAAUUUGAUACGUUCAAUCCCAUACGUACUGGCAACCAAAUCUAAACACCAACUAUAGGAUGUUGAAAAAUUUAAGGAUCCUCCAAAGAAUUUCUAAUAAAUAUUCAAUAAAUUACUUACCGCAUCGAUACUUAGCGGCGCCUGUAGGCAGAAUACCCUUUUUUAAAAGGCAAACAGAUUUUUCGCACAAAAGCCUGUUUCAUAACAGUAGUAUUUGUCGCAACGAUGCCAAAGUGCCAAUUUCAAAGUCUACUGGGGAAUUAGAACAACCAAAGCCUGCAUAUCAUAUCACUUUUACCUGCACUGUUUGCAAUCAUCGUUCUGGUCAUAAGUUAUCGAAACAAGCAUAUCACAAUGGUACUGUUUUUGUGGAAUGUCCCCAAUGCAAGAACCGACACCUUAUGGCAGACCAUCUAAAAAUCUUUAGUGAUAAACGAGUAACCAUUGAAGAUAUUAUCUCAAAUAAAGGAGAGAUUUUGAAGAAGGGAUAUGGCCAAAUUGUUGACGGAAAUGUGGUUGAGAUUGAACCAGACAAUUUGAAACUUAAGACCAAUCUGAAGGAGCCUUCCACUGAUAAAUCUUCCUCUGAUUCAAGCAACUGAUUAUUUUUUACUUCUUUUUAGUGUGGUAUUGAGGAUACAUAUGGAUAACGAAAAAUAUACUAGCGACUUUAUUUUUGGAACAUACAAGUCAUAAGAAAACAUUUAUGAAAUGUCUCAGACAAGCUGUACUAGAAUAAAAGUAAACCUUUAAAAGUCUAAUAUAAGUCAACUAGUGAGCAAUG